UUGUGUCCUCCGUGUCGGUCCCAUAGAUGAAGCACGUUGAGGAGCGCUUUGGAGAAGACGCCAACAAGGAGGUUCUGCUCAUGUGCAUCGGCGUCACGUCUGGUGUGGGCCGCCUCAUCUUCGGCCAGGUGGCAGACUAUGUACAUGGAGUCAACAAGGUCUACCUACAGGUAACGCCUACUAUCCUCGAGAUCCUGCACAGGCCAGACCAUGACUAGGCUGGUCUUUAAUGACGCCCUAUACCCCAUAUAGUUUGCUAUAUGUGGAAUUUAGGGCGUCAUGGUGUCAUGCAGCUCCAACCCCAUGCCAUAACCAUUACUGUAUUCCGUUGAUGCAAUGAUUGAUGUAAAGAUGCAAUGCUGCUGUGUUCAUCACAUUUAUAUCUCCCCCCCAGGUGUCUUCAUUCAUGGUCAUUGGCGUGAUGUCCAUGAUGAUCCCUCUGUGUCAUGUCUUCGGAGGGCUGAUUGCGGUGUGUCUGCUCAUGGGCCUGUUUGACGGCUGUUUCAUCUGCAUCAUGGCCCCCAUUGCCUUCGAGCUGGUGGGCUCCCAGAACGUGUCCCAGGCCAUCGGCUUCCUGCUGGGCAUGAUGUCUGUGCCCAUGACCGUGGGGCCUCCUAUUGCAGGUAUAGUUCAGUGGACAAGCCAGGCUGCAUCCCAAUGCUCCACAGUUCUCCCGUCAUAGAUUUAACAAUGGUGGAAACUCCCUCCAAUGCUUAAACCAAUCCAAUGCUUUUAUAUUCAUGACUGCGAGUGCACAAGAAUGGGGAUGCAGCCUUAGUGUCUCUAGAAUCAUAAUGACAUCAUUCUGCUGGGGACAAUAGGACAUUCUGUUGCUGCAAGAGUAACCAUACAGCCACUUGGUUAGUUUACACUGUUUGAUAUUAACAUUUAGCUUGAUGAUGUAAAACGUUAAUGCAUUUCUCCCUGGAGUAUGAGUUUGAGAUUAAUUGUUUUUCUAGAAAUCUCUGGUGCCACCUGGUGUUUAUCUGUGGAACUGUGAAAGUAAAGCAUUCCAUUCAUACUCCACCUAACAUAAAGGAACAUACUGUAACUAAUUAUAUUUAGAACAUGGCAACUUCACACAUUCUACAAUUACAACUUGAUAUGAGUAGAGACAUUAUGUCAUGAAUAUGAUACUUGUGUAAGAAAUUAUAUACCCUGUGGAAAAUGUAUGUAAAUUCCACCACUGGAAUGUUGAGUGCACAGUCGUCCAUUCAUGUUAAGCUCUUUCUCACUUGGAUGUCAUUCAUAUCCACAUGAGUCAUGUGCAACCUGUUUGCACUGUUGUUUGCACUGUACUACAGACAAAGCAUCUGUUUUUCUCAGAAAUAGACUGGCAUUCCAGGGAGAGAGAAGGAAACUAAGGGAAAGUCAGGAAGUCAUUCAACUCAGUGCUGCUGAGGGACGGGAAACAACCACAAGGGGCGACGGACAGAGGGGCCUUAUUGGCUCUGACCCUAAUCAUUUUUACAUUUUACAUUUUAGUGAUUUAGCAGAUGCUCUUAUCCAGAGCGACUUACAGGAGCAAUUAGGGUUAAGUGCCUUGCUCAAGGGCACAUCGACAGAUUUUUCACCUAGUCGGCUCGGGGAUUAGAACCAGCGACCUUUCGGUUACUGGCACAACACUCUUAACCACUAAGCUACCUGCCGCUACUACUCAUACUUACCUGGCAAGGGAGUUACCGUGAUUAAGAAGGCGGUCCACCCAGGGCGAGGCCCAGCCACUGCACCUAAUCCACUGUCUUCACUGGACAGUAAUAAUCAGCUAUGUUUGUGUUACAAGAGUGGGUUGGACACACUACUUAGGAUCACUCAGUCCCAGCACAGAUAAGCCUGCCUUUGUUUGAUAUCUGAGAGGACCAAAUAAGGUGUUCACUGUGGUUUGUAGUUACAGGGUUAUGCCCUCAGGACUGGGGGGCAUACUAUAGCUGACCUGUGGGGUUCAGGAGUGCUGCUGAACUUUGUACCUCGUUUUUUUGAGGCCAGUUUUUAGGACACUGCAUGAGUCAUGAUGAACGACUCCCAGAUGUUGAUUUCGCUCUCUCUCCAGGGUUCCUGAGGGACAGGCUGGGGAGCUACGACGUGGCCUUCUAUUUGGCUGGUAUCCCUCCCAUCAUCGGUGGGGCCGUGCUGUGUCUGAUCCCCUGGGUGGAGGCUAGACGUAUCAGGAGAGAGCAGGAGGAGGCAGCCAAGGAUGGCACCCAGGAGCAGAUGCUGGAGUUCAAGAGGAACAGUGGGGGUCAGGGCGAUGCACUAGCAUUGAAGACCGCAGACCCCGAAUCUGUCAUCUAAGUCUGUCAUCCAAAACACACUCAAAACAAAGAGAUACACCCAGACAUACAUACACACAGUUCAUACUCACUUGCAGGCGCACACACUUGGAACUGCUGAUUAUUAUAUAUUUUUUUAUGAUACAAAUAUAGACAAAAUAUGUAUUGACCUGUGGUGUAUGUGUAAACAAUAUUUUAAUGGCUGCUUUUGUAUGUGGGGAACAUUCUGAAGUAAUAAUACAUUGAACAUUAAUGUGAUCUUGAAGAGCUAUGCAUUGGAUUGUUGUUUUCCAUCAAUCUUCCAGCUGUUGAAUUAACUUGAAGGUUAAAAUGGAAAAUGGGGAAAUCUCACAUCUUAUAUUUCUUACAAGGGAACACAUGCUUUACGUGGGUGCAUUUUGAAGGCUGCAAGCACUUAUUUACAUAAGAAUAGCAGUGGCCGGUCUCACUAGCAAAUUCUCCCGUUUUCAAUGUGCAUUCUUUAAGGGCAUUGAGGAUAAUUAUUUUCAUUGAGUAGAAAUGUCCAAUACAAGCUUAAAUAUAGAUUUCAGACUUUGCAGAAUUUUGAAAAGAAAAACACAAACUAGAUUUAUUGGGUUUGUUUUUAAAACUAUAUUUCAAAUCAACACUGGGGACAU